AUGUUUACUACAAACAACAUCCAAGCAGCAACGGGCACUCCGAUCGGUAUACAGUAUCAAACGACCACUGCCGACAUCAACAAAGGCAACAAGCUGGAGGGCCAAAAGACGAAUCAGCAGGCGCCGGAAUUUUCGACGUUCUACGCCAAUGUGAAUAUGAUACAAAAGCUAACGCCAACGUCGCAGGCAUUGAGCACCGUGAACCUGGCGCAGCUUUCCGAUGAGACAAAGACGGUACAAUAUUUACAACCAUUCAGUUAUGCAAACUGUGCGCUGGUUAACCAGAUGCCGAUUCCGAAUGGCGUUACCGGGAUUACUGUGGAUGGCAGACAGCUUGUCGUCAACAAACCCAUCACGAACACCAUCUCCAACAUCAGUUUCAAGUGCGAUGUGUGCGGUUUGAUGUUUAAUCACCUUACGUUGCUGAACCACCACAAGCGUACCCACAACCAGGAUGGCGAAACGACAUCGGAUGCCAUAACGGUAGUAACGCAAGCUCAGAAUUUAGUGCAGGCACAAAAUCUCAUCUCCGAAACGGGUCAAAACCUUGGUCAGAUUCAGAUUGUCGCCACGGAGGCGCUUGAUCCGGCACCACAGCAACAGCUGCAGCAUGCCCAGGACGCUCAGCAACAGCAAGCCCAGGCACAGGCUCAAGCACAAGCGCAACAGCAAGUGCAACAGCAGCAGCAGGCCCAACAGCAAGCUCAACAGCAGCAACAACAACAACAACAGCAAGCGCAGCAACAGCAACAGGUUGCAACACAUACGACCAAGGCUGACAAAUCGCAGAAGUGUAUCUCCUGCAACGGGCCCAUCCAUAGCAACCCAAAGCGAAAGGGGCCGAAGCUGAUCCGUUGCGAAACCUGCAUCAACAAUGAUGGUGCACAACCUGUGGCCAGAACGACACAAAUCUUCGUUGCACCGGACGGUGACAUAAAGUUCGAAAUCGGCGAAAUACCGAACGCAUCCAAUAGUAACUCGUCGAUGGAUUCACUGAUGCCGGGACAGAUGAACACGAUCAAGGCAGAGCAUUCGCUCAUAACACAACAGAAUGCCCACCCGGUGAAAAAACGAAACGCCGCCACUGUAACAAAAUGUAACAAAUGUAACGGUUCUGGUGUAAUUAUUGUUGGUGCUGCCCAGAAGAAGCUAAUGCAUUCAUCACAAAUCCACCAGCAACCUGAAAAGCCGUUCACUUGCAACACGUGUGGAGGAAGGUUCUCGCGCUAUUCCAGUUUGUGGUCGCACAAGAAGUUGCACACGGGUGAGAAAAAUUACAAGUGUAACGUGUGUGGUAUAGCAUUCGCAAAGGCGGUUUAUUUGAAGAAUCACAUGCGCAUACAUACCGGCGAAAAACCGUACAAAUGCGGAACCUGCGGAAUGCAGUUCUCACAGUCGCCACACUUAAAGAACCACGAGCGAACUCACAGCGGAGAGAAACCAUACGUUUGUGAGGUAUGUGACAAAGGUUUUGCUCGUCAUGCCACACUUUGGAAUCAUCGCCGUAUACACACCGGAGAAAAACCGUACAAAUGCAACCGCUGUCAGUCUGCAUUCAGCCAGGCUGCUCAUUUAAAGAAUCACGAAAAAGUGCACUCCGGUUUAAAACCUUUCAAGUGUGACAUCUGUUCGGCCUCUUUUGCUGAUCGUUUCGCACUAAAGAGGCAUCGAGGUAUUCAUGAAAAAUAUGGUCAAACCACUCCAUUGCAUCAAAACCAGCAGCAACAACAAGCAACUCAGCAAGUAGUCACCCAACAGGUUGUCCAUAAAGAGGAAGUAAUCGAGAUGGAGGAAAAACCUCGAGACGUUAUCAUCGGAAUGUAG